AUGGUUGUGAAGAAACUCCUUACCCUGGUUCUCCUAACCAGACCAAAUCAAGUUCUGCUUGGAAUGAAGAAAAGAGGAUUUGGCAAAGGCAGAUGGAAUGGAUUUGGGGGAAAGGUGGAGAAAGGAGAAACCAUUUUAGAGGCUGCAAAAAGAGAGCUCUUUGAAGAAUCAAGUUUGAAAUCAGACAGUUUGACAAAGAUUGGAAUAAUUGAUUUCCAAUUUGUUGGUGAUCCACAAAUUUUAGAAGUCCAUAUUUUCACUUCAACCCAGUUUGAGGGAGAACCAACAGAAAGCCCAGAGAUGAGUCCUAAGUGGUUUAAUGUGGAGGACAUUCCCUUUGAGACUAUGUGGCCGGACGACUGUCUCUGGUUUCCGAUGCUUCUUAGCGGGACAAAAUUCCAAGGAUACUUUCUUUUUCAAGGACACGAUAAAAUUCUUAAUUACACUCUUGAUGAAGUCAAUGAACUGCCAAAUUAAUUGGAGUGUAUGUACGUGAUAUAGAAAUUUUAACAAAAAAUUAGUCAGAGAACGCUGUUUGGACUUGGUAGUUUUACUAAUGUUGGGAUGUUUUUAUAUGAGAAGUAAUGUACAAUCUGGUAUAUUAGUAGACAUUUUUAUAUUAGUUUGCUUUGUAGAAAAAAAAAAAUCUGUAAAAUGUUAAAA